AUGCAGUUGUGGAGCGCAACUUUGCUACGUAAUGUCCUACGGAAGCCGCGUAAUGGCGAGAAUGAAGCACCGAGAAACUCUGAUGUCACUGUGAGGCACCUUCAAAAAUUCGACGUCGACCCACUAAUGGUAUACAGCAUCCAAGGACCUGGUAUGGAAGUCGUUGUUAGCCAUGGAGUGCAUACAAAGAACUGGGUCAUCCCUAAAGCCCUUCUAAGCCAUCACUCUGGGUUCUUUCGAGCUGCCUGCAAUGGACCGUUCAAAGAAGGAAUCAAGAACAAGAUCACGCUACAUGACUGUCGGCCAGAAGUCUUCGAAGCCUUUGUGUAUUGGCUAUAUUUCGCGACCUUACCAGAUGAUAAGCCGGAGUGGGAUUACAUACACGGCAGCUUUCGUCUUUGGAUACUUGGCGAUCGACUCCUAGUCGCGGACUUCAAGAACGCCGCUAUGCGAGAUCUUUACGACGUACAUGUAGCAUCAGAACUACCUGUCGAGCUCCAGGAAAUUGAGUACAUCUGGAAACACACUGCCAAUAAGUCUGCACUUCGUCGUUGGGUACUAGACUAUGUAUCUUUGAACUGGAAGCAGCACUGCAAAUGGUAUGUACAGUCGACACGGACCGAGUUAUUCAGGGAUAUCCCGGACUUCGGAAACAGUCUGCUGCACCGUCUUGGUGCUGAGAAUGCAAAGUUAGACAUCGAUGAUUACUUGGAAGAGACCGAGAAGACAGCCCACGACGAGCCAGAUGCAAAAAGACACUUGGUAGCUUGUGACAAACUCACCAUUUGCAUGAAGUUCUUUGACGAUCACGACUCUUGUUAUGUCUUAUCAACUCAACAACCCACAAUUUCCAAGAUGAGUAGCAUCACGCAGCAGCAACUUGCGCCACUGCCAGCAGCGCACGGCACGGCUCCGCCACCAUCAAUGUCUCACUCGGACAUGUUCUUGAACAUGAUACAGGGCAAAUCAGUCACUGUAAUUGUCGGCCAACCCUCUUUGUACUGCACAUAUACCCUGCCCGUCGCCCUACUAUGCGUUCACUCUUUCUAUCUCGGUAAGGAAAUCGCGGGCUUAACCACGGCUAGCAAAAAGCGCAAACUGUCUCCUUUCAGAGAGGGCGAGGAGGUCGAAGCAAAGGUUGUGGUAGAGACUAAGGACAAGAACAAAGAUGAGAACCCUACUAGGGAAAAGAGUGUUAAAGACGAUAAGGUCGACGAGGAGCGUGUUCUCAGGCUAACAGAUGUGGAUCCUGCAAUCUUCGGUCUCUUCCUAAAGUUCAUCUACAAAGACUCAUACCCACCGAAUGUCGACGCAAGAACACCAACGACCCACUACCACAAUCGCUCAUUGACAGCUGUCCCAAAACCGACCAAUCCAGGCCCGGGAACUGCUACAGCACUCCGUCAACCGUCUUCGAAUAUCUCACCUGUCAACAGCAAUGGACAUAUCCAGGCCACUCCUCCACUAAGUCACAUACCUACUUUCAUGCCACCGCCUCCAUCCCCGCAAGACAUGAAACUGAUCGAGUUCAUCCCUCCCUCUGUACACGCAUGGCUCCUAGGGCAACGUCUCGGCGCUCUUCCCUUCAUGAACCACGCUAUAUCCCGAAUCUACGCAGCUAUUGGAGUCUACUUUGCUCUCACGCCCUCACUCAUGGACUACGUUUGGAAAGAAACCUCACCGUCACCGACGAUUACCUCUUCACCAUCAAAUUCUUCAUCCGGACUAACUCCAUCAGCUACGGCAAAGAAUGUCCUCGCCCCCUCCCCUCUCCGCAAACUCCUCCUAGACGUCCUGGUAACGCACUGGUCACGCCAUCACCCCUCGAACCCCAACGCCGUUGUCGUCCGGUCUUUAUCAGUAUCACCAAACUUUUCGGCGCCUCUGAAGGUUGCUUGGGAUAGGCUUUUUGAAGAGCAUACUGAUUUGAGGAAUGAAUUUAUCUAUGGACUUCAGGGUGGUGUGCAGUUGAUGCCUGCCAACGCAUAUUUUGCAACACCACUACCGACUGGGCAGAGCGGUAUGGUCAAGGGUGGAGUGGCGGAUAGUGAUUUUAGGAAGGAGCAUGGUCGAGACAGUGGACAAGCGGAGAAAGAAGUGGUUGUCAAGCAGGAGAAGAAAGGUGAGAUGGAUGUUCUGACAGAUAAGAAAGAGGGCGGCGGCUGA